AUGACUUUCCAAAACCGCGCCUCGUGGCUCACAGCCAAACAAUCACCUGUCAACGAAGUGAAACCAGCACCUUACACCUCCCCAAUCGCCAAUGAACUCGUCAUCAAAACCAAAGCAAUUGCCCUGAACCCAGCUGAUGUGGCAGUCCAAAAGCUCGGGAUUCUGCUCGAGAAAUACCCAGCCAUUGUCGGCUGUGACGUUGCUGGCGAAGUCGUCGAGGUCGACCCUUCCUUAUCGGAUACAUACCAAGUCGGCGAUCGUGUGACGGGCGCAGCUUUCUGUCUUACUAUACGCGAUGGCAAGUAUUGUUGCUCUGGGUUUCAGGAGUAUGUCGUCCUGCAGGCGCCCCAUAUUGCGAAGAUUCCGGCGCACGUCGCGUUCCAGGAUGCGGUUGUGUUUCCGUUGGGGAUGGAUACGGCGUCUAGUUGUUUGUUUUCGGAUAAGACUCUUGCGCUUGAUCUGCCACGGACAGGUGCUGCAAAGCAGCAUAAGACACUCCUGGUCUGGGGCGCUAGUAGCAGCGUGGGCGCCUGUGGGGUGCAAAUGGCUGUUCAAGCCGGGUACGAAGUGAUCGGGAUAGCUAGUCAAAGGAAUCAUGAGCUUGUCAAGAGUCUGGGGGCAACGGCAUGUUUUGAUCAUAGUGAUGCUACUGUGGUGGAUCAAAUCGUGAAAUACGUGGAGGGUAGCGGCAAAGAGGUAGUAGGGGCAUUCAGCGCUAUUACCAGCGACUCUGUUUUGGAUUCAUUGUGUGAGAUUCUGGACAAGAUUAGUACGACUACCACCAUUUCUGUGCAGAAGCUGGUAUCGUCAGUAGCUCCGGGUGCAGAGGCAAAGGCAUCGAGAGGAGUGACAGUUGUGACCAACUUCGUCCCGGAUGUCAAGAGCAACGGCUUUCCGGUUGCAAUUUGGGCAUGGCUCAAGAACGCCAUGGCGCAGAAUAGCAUCAAGUAUGCGCCUCCGUGUGAGGUGGUAGGGAAGGGAUUGGAGGAAGUGCAGCAGGGCGUUGAUUUGUUGGCGAAAGGAGUCAGUGCGAAGAAGCUGGUUGUGUUGAUAUGA